AUGAUCUUAAGUCCUACAGCAUUUGAAGGGAUGUAUAAUUUAAGAUUGCUCAAAAUCUACUACCCACCGGAUCCCUCAAAGGAGCAAAUUAUGAACGGAAAGAGGGUCGGAAUCCACCUUCCAGGAGGGCUUCACUUUCUUUCAAGUGAGCUAAGGUUUCUCUACUGGUAUAAUUACCCUUUGAAAUCCAUGCCAUCAAAUUUUUCCCCUAAGAAAGCUUUUCAACUUGAAAUGCCUUGUAGCCAGCUUGAACAACUUUGGAAUGAAUACCAGUUUUAUCACCCUUCCUCAAAGCCGAGCUUAAUUGAUUCAGACCUGUCUAAAGUCCCACACCUUGAGGUUCUACAUCCAGGUAUACCUUCCUCGGUUAAAUACAGCACCAGACUUACCACAUUAGAGCUUCCCAGACUCGAGAGUUUCUGUACUUUGCCAUCAUCAAUUGGGUGCCUCUCUCAACUUGUUAGAUUAAACUUAUCUUCAUGUGAAAGUCUUGCUAGUCUACCUGACAACAUUGAUGAGUUAAAAUCUCUUGUAGAGCUUGAUCUUUAUUCUUGCUCAAAACUAGCAAGUCUUCCAAAUAGCAUUUGCAAGUUGAAAUGUCUUACUAAGCUUAAUCUUGGUCGUCAGCCAAAACUAGCAAGUCUACCUGACAACAUUGGGGAGCUGAGAUCUCUUGUAAAGCUUAGUCUUUCUUCUUGCUCAAAACUAGCUAGUCUACCUGACAGCAUUGGGGAGCUGAGAUCUCUUGUAGAGCUUCAUGUUUCUUCUUGCUCAGGACUAGCAAGUCUACCCGACAGCAUUGGCGAGCUGAGAUCUCUUGAAGGGCUUGAUCUUAGUGGUUGCUUUGGACUAGCAAGUCUACCAGACAGCAUUGGUGGAUUGAAAUCUCUUGAAUGGUUUGCUCUUAAUGGUUGCUCGGGACUAGCAAGUCUACCGGACAGCAUUGGCGGGUUGAAAUCUCUCAAAUGGCUUUAUUUAAGAGUAUCAAGUCUACAAGACAGCAUUGACAAGUUGGAAUCUCUUGAAUCACUUAAUCCUAGUGGUUGCUUAAGACUAACAAGUCUACCAGACAGUAUUGGUGCGUUGAAAUCUCUUGAAAAACUUCAUUUUAGUGGUUACUCAGGACUAGCAAGUCUACCAGACAACAUUGGCUCGUUGAAAUCUCUUAAAUUGCUUACACUUCAUGGUUGCUCAGGACUAGCAAGUCUACAAAACAGAAUUGGCGAGUUGAAAUCUCUUGAAGAGCUUGAUCUUAGUGAUUGCUUAGGACUAGCAAGUCUACCGGACAACAUUGGCGAGUUGAAAUCUCUUGAACAGCUGUAUCUUAAUGGUUGCUCAGGACUAGCAAGUCUACCGGACAGAAUUGGCGAGUUGAAAUCUCUUGAACGGCUCGAACUUAGUGGUUGCUCAGGACUAGCAAGUCUACCAGACAGCAUUGGCGAGUUGAAAUCUCUUAAACAGCUGUAUCUUAAUGGUUGCUCAGGACUAGCAAGUCUACCGGACAGAAUUGGCGAGUUGAAAUCUCUUAAACGGCUCGAACUUAAUGGUUGCUCAGGACUAGCAAGUCUACCGGACACCAUUGGCACAUUGAAAUCUCUCAAAUGGCUUGAACUUUCUGGUUGCUCAGGACUAACAAGUCUACCGGACAACAUUGGCGCGAUGAAAUCUCUUGAAUCACUUGUACUUUCUGGUUGCUCAGGACCAUCAAGUCUACCGGACAGCAUUGGCGAGUUGGAAUCUCUCCAAUUUCUUCAUCUUAGUGGUUUCUCACGACUAGCAAGUCUACCAGACAGCAUUGGCGUGUUGAAAUCUCUCAAAUCACUUAGGCUUGUUGGUUGCUCAGGACUAGCAAGUCUACCGGACAACAUUGGCGAGUUGGAAUCUCUCCAAUCGCUUUAUCUUAGUGGUUUCCCACGACUAGAAAGUUUACCGAACAGCAUGGGUGCGGUGAAAUCUCUCAUAUCGCUUAGUCUUUAUGGUUGCCCAGGAUUAGCAAGUCUACUGGACAACAUUGGUGCCUUGAAAUCUUUAAAAUCGCUUUAUCUUGGAGGUUUCUCAGAACUAGCAAGUUUACCAGACGACAUUGGCGCGUUGAAAUCUCUUGAAUCGCUUAGUCUUCCUGGUUGCUCAGGACUAGCAAGCCUACCGGACAGCAUUGGCAGGUUGACAUCUCUUACGUGGCUUGAUCUUUAUGGUUGCUCAGGACUAAAAAGUCUACCCGACAGCAUUGGCGAGGUGAAACAUCUUACUGCGCUCACUCUCAGUGGUUGCUUAAAACUAGCGAGCCUUCGAGAUAACUUUAUUGAUCUUGAAUUUAGAGGACUUGACAAACAACCUUGUUAUACGCUGAGAGGAUUCCAAAAAGGAGAAGAAAUUGCAUCAUCCACCUAUAAAUUGGGCUGCCAUGAAUUUUUAAAUUUGGGAAAUUCUCAUGUGUUAAAAACUCCAGAGAGCUUAGGCUCUUUGGUGUCUCUAACAGAGUUGAGAUUAUCUCAGAUUGAUUUUGAGAGGAUACCUGCAAGCAUCAAGCACCUUACUAAGCUACGUGAACUCUUCUUAGAUGAGUGCAAGCGGCUUCAAUGUUUACCAGAGCUUCCAUCAACUCUACAAGUUUUAAUCGCAUCAGGCUGCUUCUCUCUAAAAUAUGUAGCAAGUAUAUCCAUGCAAGGUGAUAGAGAAUAUGAAGAUGCUUCUCACGAAUUCAAUUUCUCUGGAUGCCUCCAACUGGAUCAGAAUUCACGCACUAGAAUUAUGGGAGAUGCCCUUUUACGAAUUCAACGCAUGGCAACAUCGUUGUUUAAUCAGAGAUAUCAUCGUCAGAACAUUAGAGUUCGGUUGUGUAUUCCUGGGUCAGAAGUCCCGGAGUGUUUUAGUUAUAAAAAUAGAGAAGGAUCUUCAGUAAAAAUCCAGCAACCAGCUCAUUGUUAUCGUGGUUUCACUUUCUGCGCUGUUGUUUCAUUUGGCCAAAGCGGGGAAAGGCGUCAGGUUAAUAUUGAAUGUGAAUGCCAUUUGAUAUUCAAAGAUGGAACCCAGAUUGAUCUCAGUUCCUACUACUACAGAGAAUAUGAAAGAAUGGCGAGUAGUAGUACUAUAUGGAAAAGGGAGCAUGUGUUCAUUUGGAGUGUCCACUGUAAGUGCUUUUUCAAGGAGGCCUCGUUCCAUUUCAAACCACUGUGCGGAGCUACUGAUGUGGUGGUUCAGUGUGGAAUCCAUCCACUGUAAAAGUAGGAGCAACCAUACGCUAAAAUGGACAAACUUGUGACAUUGAAUAUGGAUAGAGUAAUUAAGUAUCAGUUAGAGGAGACGUACAUAGCUUCGGUAUCAUGCUGCUGGAAUUGAUAACAAGGCAAAGACC